CAUCUCUUCUAUCUGUUAAUCUUCUUAUUAUUGCAUUUUUAACGCAUUAUAUUGCCCUUCUAAUAUAAUCAUGCUCUCCAUGGAUACUGCUCGUACAAUUGUUGGCAUAAUUGGGAAUUUUACAGCUCUGGUCUUGUUCUUAUCACCCUUGCCCACAAUUGUGAAGAUAUGGAAGAAAAAAUCAGUGGAGCAAUUCUCAGCAGCGCCCUACCUGGCCACAUUCCUCAACUGUGGCAUGUGGAUGUUGUACGCAAUCCCCAGUGUGCACCCUAACAGUUUCCUUCUGAUGACCAUCAAUGGCGCAGGCAUAACCAUUGAUAUUGUGUUCUUAUUGGUGUUUCUCUUCUUCUCCGACACAAAGAAGAGAAUUAGGGUAGCUCUCAUCGUCCUGGCCGAGGUUGUUUUCAUUGCGGCUCUUGCUAUUAUGGUCCUUACUCUUGCCCAUACUUGGAAACUUCGAUCUGCCAUUGUUGGUAGCAUUGUAGUGGUGUGUAGCAUGCUCAUGUAUGCUUCUCCCUUGGCAAUCAUGAAAUUGGUGAUCACCACAAAGAGCGUGGAAUACAUGCCGUUCUCCAUUUCACUAUGCUUCUUUAUGAAUGGUCUUUGCUGGACUAUCUAUGCCCUUAUUCAAAUUGACCCCUAUAUUCUGGUACCAAAUGGUAUGGGAGCUUUAUCCGGAUUGGUCCAAUUAGUGUUGUACGCAAUAUACUAUAAAUCCAACAAAAUUGUUGAAGAGAAGCAGGUGGAUAUGGAAGUGGGCUUCACCAAGAUUGGCUUAUCCAGCAAUGAGGGUUGAAACAAAAUGAUUGCAGCAAAUUAUAUUAUGGACUAUGGUCCAGAUAAUGAGAAUCACUGAUAUAUGUUCAUUUUAA